AUGGUUCUGCAUGAACUGAAGCCAACAAAGCUCGGUUACAGGCUCGGUUACAGGUUAGGUUACAGGCUCGGUUACAGGUUAGGUUACAGGCUCGGUUACAGGCUCGGUUACAGGCUCGGUUACAGGCUAGGUUACAGGCUCGGUUACAGGCUAGGUUACAGGCUAGGUUACAGGCUAGGUUACAGGCCAGGUUACAGGCCAGGUUACAGGCCAGGUUACAGGCUAGGUUACAGGCUAGGUUACAGGCUAGGUUAUAGGCUAGGUUACAGGCUAGGUUACAGGCUAGGUUACAGGCCAGGUUACAGGCUAGGUUACAGGCUAGGUUACAGGCUAGGUUACAGGCCAGGUUACAGGCUAGGUUACAGGCUAGGUUACAGGCUAGGUUACAGGCUCGGUUACAGGCUCGGUUACAGGCCAGGUUACAGGCUAGGUUACAGGCUAGGUUACAGGCUAGGUUACAGGCUAGGUUACAGGCCAGGUUACAGGCCAGGUUACAGGCCAGGUUACAGGCUAGGUUACAGGCUAGGUUACAGGCUAGGUUACAGGCUUGGUUACAGGCUAGGUUACAGGCCAGGUUACAGGCUAGGUUACAGGCUAGGUUACAGGCCAGGUUACAGGCCAGGUUACAGGCUAGGUUACAGGCUAGGUUACAGGCUAGGUUACAGGCUAGGUUACAGGACAGGUUACAGGCCAGGUUACAGGCUAGGUUACAGGCUAGGUUACAGGCUAGGUUACAGGCCAGGUUACAGGCUAGGUUACAGGCCAGGUUACAGGCCAGGUUACAGGCCAGGUUACAGGCUAGGUUACAGGCCAGGUUACAGGCUAGGUUACAGGCUAGGUUACAGGCCAGGUUACAGGCCAGGUUACAGGCUAGGUUACAGGCUAGGUUACAGGCCAGGUUACAGGCCAGGUUACAGGCUAGGUUACAGGCCAGGUUACAGGCUAGGUUACAGUACCAAAUAA